AUGGGGGAUCCACUAAUCGUGUCAACGGAAACCGAGGAAGUUCAAAUUGUCGAUGUUGACUUCCCACAAGUCACAGUUAGCCUUCCUUCCGGAUUUAAAUACACUGCAAUGACAGAAGCGAGAGAAAAUCUAGAUCUAGCGAAGCGGGGUAGCGAUGUUUCUGAGUGGAGCCGUAAUGACGCUGGAGGUCUGCUACAAGUUAUUGAUCAAACCUGUCACUUGAGGACUACAUACGCUGGACUCAAUGGAGUUCAAAAUUCUUACAACUUUAACGUGGAUGGGACUUAUAACAUCGACGGCUAUUAUUUAUUAGAUGAUCCAACAGCCAAAGCAACGAAAGAAAGAACUAUUCCGUUUCUUAAAACGGCAACUUACAAUUGCGGUGACGUCAUCACUGGGUGCUUUCUCAAUAGAAAAUCAGUCCACUGCGGCUUACUUUUCAAGAAACGGUUCUCCGAGUGGGGUGGCACUUGUAUGUUCAAUGGCAUCCCAGGACCAGUCACAAGACAAACACGAACAAUGCAGAGCGUCAUGAGCGAGGGAGAGUAUACUAAAGAAGAGAUAAAGAAAUGGGAGACAGCCAAGCUCGACGACGACAUUGGGCAGAAAAAUGAAAAGGAUAAGGGGGAAGGUUUCGAAAAAAGGCGUACCCCAUGGCGACAAACCUCUCCAGGGAGAACUUCAGGAUUAUCCUUCAUCAUAAAGGACGAGAAAGUGGAUAACGGAUGCGUACAUGGUGAAGGGACAGGAUUCAUUCUUACCAUUAAUCAUCCCUCCGACGAACCCAAGAUCAAGCGGUUUGGCAAAUCCCUGCCUUUCGGGCAUGAAGUAUUUAUUUCGGUCACCCCAAUCUUACUAUUGGCGGAUGACGACAUUAAGAAAAUGGAACCGGACGAACGUCAUUGCUUCUUCAACGAUGACAAGGGAAAGGCACAGCUGAAGUAUUACCGCAAAUACACAAAGAACAAUUGCUUUGAAGAAUGUAUUGCUGAUGCAGUUUACCAAAAGUGUAAAUGUGCAGCAUUUGUCGCUCCAGGUGAACAGAAACGAGCUUUAUGCAGUUCCUAUAAAAAGUUGAACUGCGCAUCAGACAAGGAAGAGGAGAUGUACGACCUGGGCAUCCGAUCUUCUUGCCAGACCUGCCGACCCAACUGCAGACAGACCAAGUACAUGAUCUCAGUUACGUCAAGCCCAUUGACAGAAAGACACAUGCGUCAAUACAGGGGGAAAUAUGAGGGGCAAUUAGGAAAGAAUGACACCUUUUCAAUCGUGUACGUCUACUUUGAUAUGGACUCCUUCCAAGCGUCACGAAGGAGUGCAAGAUACAGCACGUUUGAGAAAGUUGGUCUGGUGGGUGGAACAAUUUCCAUGAUUACUGGCCUCACAUUGCUGGACAUUAUCGAAGCCAUUGUGGUUAUCGGGGCUCUAAUUGCAGCUCAGCACAAGAUACGGACGAUUAUCAGCAGCAUGGAAUUUAAUUGGGCUCGCUAUAUUCCACGCUUGACAUGGGUUGCCCCAAUUCCACAAGAAAUUAUUGAGCUGCCAGUAAUUAAUGUCGAGCAUUUGGAUGCGCAAGAAAUUGUUGACCAGGUAACAAAUGAUGUCCUGCCUCUUGAACACCAAGAAAUUGUCGAACAACCUAUUGUCGUUAGGGGCCAACCAAUAAAUCCCUCGCCACCCCUGCAUCCUCUGGAGAAUCUUCCCGGAUUUAUUGUCUGA